CGGAGUGCUAGGCCCCAUCGGCCCCCAUCGGCCAUGGUGUCCCCCGGCUCCCUGUCCAACCGCCUGGGCUCCGUCUUCCCCUUCCUGCUGGUGCUCGUCGAUCUGCAGUACGAAGGUGCUGAAUGUGGAAUAAAUGCAGAUGUAGAAAAGCAUCUUGAAAUGGGGAAGAAAUUAUUGGCAGCUGGACAGCUAGCUGAUGCCUUAUCUCAGUUUCAUGCUGCUGUAGAUGGUGAUCCUGAUAACUACAUUGCCUAUUAUCGAAGAGCUACUGUGUAUCUAGCCAUGGGCAAAUCGAAAGCAGCAAUUCCUGAUCUAAGUAAAGUGAUUGAGCUGAAGAUGGAUUUCACUUCAGCAAGAUUACAGAGAGGACACUUGCUUCUUAAACAAGGAAAACUCGAUGAAGCAGAAGAUGAUUUUAAAAAAGUGCUCAAGUCUAAUCCCAGUGAGAAUGAAGAAAGGGAAGCCCAGUCUCAGUUGGUGAAAUCUGAUGAAAUGCAACGCCUUCGCUCCCAAGCACUUGCCGCUUAUGAUGAAGAAGACUACUCAGAUGCUAUAAAAUCCCUUGAUUCUAUUCUAGAGGUUUGUGUUUGGGAUGCAGAGCUGCGGGAACUUCGGGCCGAAUGCCUUAUAAAGGAAGGGGAACCUGGCAAAGCGAUUGCUGACUUAAAAGCUGCUUCCAAACUGAAGAACGAUAACACUGAGGCUUUUUAUAAAAUCAGCACAAUAUAUUACCAACUGGGAGAUCAUGAGCUGUCACUCAGUGAAGUCCGGGAGUGUUUGAAACUUGACCAGGAUCAUAAGAGGUGUUUUGCACAUUAUAAGCAAGUAAAGAAACUUAAUAAGAUGAUUGAGUCAGCAGAAGAACUCAUCAAAGAAGGCAGAUACACAGAUGCUAUCAGCAAAUAUGAGUCUGUAAUGAAAACAGAGCCAAAUGUUGCCAUUUAUACCACUCGCUCAAAGGAAAGAAUCUGCCACUGCUAUUCAAAGGAUGAGAAACCUGUUGAGGCUAUCAAAGAGUGCUCAGAAGUUCUCCAGCUAGAACCCACCAAUGUGAAUGCUCUAAAAGAUAGAGCCGAGGCCUAUUUAAUAGAAGAAAUGUAUGAUGAAGCUAUUCAGGAUUAUGAAACUGCUCAGGAACACAAUGAAAAUGAUCAGCAGAUUCGGGAAGGUCUAGAGAAAGCACAGAAGCUAUUGAAGCAGUCUCAGAAAAGAGAUUAUUACAAAAUCCUGGGAGUAAAAAGAAAUGCAAAGAAACAAGAAAUCAUUAAAGCAUACAGGAAGUUAGCGCUACAGUGGCAUCCAGAUAACUUCCAGAAUGAAGAAGAAAAGAAAAAAGCAGAGAAAAAAUUCAUUGACAUAGCAGCUGCUAAAGAAGUCCUUUCUGAUCCAGAAAUGAGGAAGAAAUUUGAUGAAGGAGAAGACCCGUUGGAUGCAGAGAGUCAACAAGGCGGUGGUGGAAAUCCCUUCCACAGGAGCUGGAACUCAUGGCAAGGCUUUAAUCCCUUCAGUUCAGGAGGACCGUUUCGAUUUAAAUUCCACUUCAAUUGAAAUUGAGUUUUUUUUUUUCCCUGCUGCUGCCCCUCCUCUUCUUAAUUCUUUUUUUUAAAUUAAAAAAAAACCUUAUUUCAGGACCCCAACUCAAUUUUUAAAUCCUUCUGUUGUCCCUAACCAAAGAAUUGUGUCGUUAGGAAGAAUCGAUGUUGGUUCAUUCUGGACAUCUCAGAUUGGACAGUUUGGGGAGGCUGUAGUUUCAGUUGGGUAAGAGCAGCCGAGGUGGGAUUUUCCAGGCUACUCAUGGGUGGGGUGGCACCCGGCCCCCAAGGAAACACAAACACAGUGCCAGUUUUUCUGCAUCGGAGCGUUUGGAAUCCCGACUCUGGUCACCAAGUGAGCAAUCGUGGUGCCCUGGUUGGGAGAGGUGAGGAGGUGGUGGUCUUAUGUUUAAAUCUGUGGAGGCACACACAGACAAACCAAACAACCCAGCUACCAUCGCUGGAAGAUCGGCUCAUAUUUCAGUAUUCUUAAAGGGAAAGAUGAUGGAUUAGACCAAAUUCUGAACUUCAUUGUUCUGCUGGCCGUCUUGUCUCAGGCAUUGUCUGAGGGGAGCAUCUAAUGGUGUUUUGAACAGGCAAACAGAGCAGUUAAUGGUUUCUAUAGUGUCUGCUUAGUAAUAUGAGCAUCCUUUUGACUGCAUUCAGUGGAAAUUAUGUUUCUCUUGUAUGAUCAUCACGGCUGUCAGUAGGGAAAUGAAAAAUUUCCUCAUCUGGAACACUUGCUACGGACAUAUCUAUGAAUUAGUUUGAAUUAGGCUUUUUGAUUGGGGUUUAACCACCUUUUUUAUUCUUUUGCUCAGCAGGUGGGCGAGAUUUGUUCAGGACAGUUUUAUUAGGAGACCACCUGGCACUUCAUUUAACUUAAAAUCAGAACCCUACAGUCAACCUAAUGGAGAUAAUCCAUUGCUGAAAAUUGUCUUUCUGAGAUGUAGCAGGAUUCUUUAAAGUAAUAGAAAGUACUUGGAAGCUGAAAGAAAAUGUAUUCCAUCCCCUAAGUUCCUAUGUGCUUUAAACGUUACGUCCCCAGAAUUUGUUUAGGAAUUUAAAGUGGCCUAUUAAGGAUCUGUGGGCCUAAGGAGUAAUCUCUCACUUCUCUUAACCCCUCCGGAAUGAAUUUUCCUUUGGUGCCAGGAGCAGACAGGUCUGAUGGCUGGAUUUCAAUGAACAUUACUCUGCUCUGUUCACUAGGCAGUGUAUCAGUUCCUUGUCAGAUGUCGAGAGUUCAGACAUCACAUGUUUGGCUAAAGCAAUGCAAGGUCUCCCAGCUGAGCCACUGUCAGGAUUAGAAAAAAGAAUUGCAAAGUUGAUCAAAUCUGAGGUUGGUAGUGUCCUCGGUGACCUUUCCCCUAUCAAGUUCCUUAGGAGACACUGUUCAGGUUUUAGCAAGUUCAGUUUUUGUAUGUUACAAGAAUCGGGAUCGAUCUUAACCUGGGGAUUACUUAAAUAAGAGCACUGUCUCUAUUAAAGGAGUUCCAGGAAUACCUUUGAAGCAAAAGCAGCUGCUUCUGUGAAUGAGCCGAAAACCAAUUCAGUCCUUCCCAGCCAGGUGGUCAGGAGCCAUUGGGAAAUUGACCCUUAUGGAGACCAAGUUUUUUCAGAGCUGUGGAUGUUGAAUCAAGAGCGCUAAUCAAUUAGAAAGUAAGGUUUUUGUAUUGAAGCCAGCAUUAAUCCAAGCACAAAAUCCUGUUCCUAAAGGUAACUUUCAGAUUAGGAAGGAGAUGGAAGAUAUCCUUUUUGUUCAUUUCCAACAUUGUUGAAUGUAACUUGACAAAUGAAGUGUUGAAAAUGCACUUUAUAGAAAGUGUUGGUUUUAGCAACUGUUUACCUUUGUUUCUUAUCAGGAUACUUAACAUUACAAAUUGAAAACUAAUUAGCCUUUUCCGUUGUGAUUUUAUUUUGCUGUUUGCUCAUCUGUCUUUUUAAGCAGUCUUAAAUUUUAUUUAUGUAAUGUGAUUCAGAGAGUUCAGUUUACGGUGUAAACUAGAAUUUCUGCCUAGUGAUUCACCCUUCUUUGUGGCUUGAACUCUGCUUGGUUAGACGUUUAAUCUUGCGAAAUGAAGCAUUUUCCACAAUCUCUACCCCACCGCUCCCCCCCCCGCCCCGGUCCACUGAGUUUGGCAUGGUGUAGAUUGAUUCUGGUUGGCAUCAAACAAGUCUGUGCAUUUGUUGGCAAGUCAGGAAAAGGCGCUUAACAAAUCUUGCCUCAUUCCAUUGGAGGAACGAAUGAAUGAAGAGGAUGCAAGCAUGUGGGGAGGACUUAGCCAACGAGUACCCGAGAUGAUCAGGGAGAAGAGUCUCUCAGGGGAGAUGGUAGGCCUCUGGCUUCAACCUUCAUCUGAUUUCCACUAAUUCAGAGGUCGGGAACCCCUAGCCUGUAGUCAUUCCCCCAGCGUGUGCAAUAGGAGAUCUACUCGAUCACCAAAACAAAUACAGAGGAAAUCCUUUCAAUUGAACCCUUUCCGUCAAAUGUUCAGUGCCAACUCUAUAGAAGAAGUGUGAGGUUGAGCUCGGGCAGCAUCCCUGCUAAUUUAGGAAAAAGCAAAUUGUCCCUGAAGUUCUGAAUCUGCUCGGAGAGCUAUAUGGGGCCUGCUAGGGUCAUCCUGCCUCGAAGACUUCGGUCCACCAUUUCCCCCUAUUUCUGAUCAGGAGCUGCCCCCAGCUGCCCAAAGUACAAAGGUCAUGGCAUUCGUCAUGAGAGGAAGCAUUGUGCUCUGGUGAGAAGGGCAUUAGCUAAAGUUGACUUUAUUUUACGCCACUUCCUUGGAACCCGCUGGCUGCUAUCUCCCCAAACUCUCUUCAGUUUUGCAGGGGGAACAGACAAGCCCGUGCAAAAUAGUGUUCUCGAAGCCUUGGAAGAGAUGCUCUGUUCCCUCGUUAUUUUGUGUUCCUGUUCUGAAAUUCAUGCUUCUCUUUAUUAAUGAGCCCCUGAAGUUGCUUCUGUUUGCAGUGGUGGAGCCUCCUGGGACUACUGGGAGACAAUAUCUGUAAAAAGUAUUAAAUACUUCAUUCUAUACCAGUGGUGGAAAAAAAUUGGUUCCUAAAGGGCAGUCUUAAAAGCAGUUCAUAUCUGAAGUCUGAGAAGUUGUUACAAUUUGUUCUUUUUACCAUGAAUAAAUGAAAACUUGAUCAUAAUUUGAGCAGCCUUCUUUGGUGAGUACCAUAUAACUGUAUAUUGACAAUAACCAGCUUCCAAUGUACUUUAGAAGUAAAAAAAAAAUAGCUAUGGAUUAGAACAGUAUUAAACUUUGUGUGGCUUUGUCAGUAUAGAAAGCAGCUUGGGAGUUUGUUGACAAAGUGGGUUGAAGAUUGCCUUUUGUCCAUUUUCCCAAUGAUGUCUGCCCCAAAGAGAAUGUCCAAAGAUGUCCAUUAGAAGAAUGAAAUCUAAAGGUAGUCACAGUUUAUUCAUGGGGACAAGUGAAAUAUUUUCACCUUUUGAGAAGAUUUGGCCAAGUGAAUAGUUUUCUAUAGAGAGAGAAUGUGUGAGUGUGUGUGUGCGUGUGUGCAUGCAUGCGUGCGGUACGUCCAUCUGUCCAGAAUGGAAAUCUCUAGUUGGUCAGUUUUCAAGCCUUUCUUUGACACUGCAUUUUAUGCAGCUUCAUGAAAUGAGUCACUCUGGGCUUAGCUCUCUCCCAUAGCCAGCAUUUCUAAACCACCAGAUUGUUUGAACUGAAAUGUUUUUUUCUCCAUCUACAUCAUGGUUUCUUUCUUCCCAGAACAUGUGUUUGCCAACCUAUAAGCAAACAGUGCAGUACUCAGAUGAAGAAAUGGAAUAGAGCGGUGUAGUGUUGAUGAGUAUAGUUGCUUUUUCCAUGUUCAGAAAAAGAGCAAGUGCUCUUUCAGCUGUGACUAAUAUCUCCUUAGCAAUUUAAAUCAAAUGACUUCUGAUGCCUACCCCUAUUAGUGACAUGGAGUUUAUUACUUAAUUUGAAUGGGAUGGUAGUGGUUAAGGUUAAAUCAGUCUUUUUUUGGGAUUGUUCUGCUUACAGCCUCUGGCUUAAGGUAAAUUAGUCACUCUGCAUUGGGAGUAACAAGUUUUGCUGCCUUUGUCUACCUACUAUUCUGUUUAUUUCAACUUCUGCCCAUUAUGAAAGGGAUAGAUGGUAGGAGGGUAGAGCUAGGAGAAUGGAGGUCUUUCUCAAUGUUAAAUUAAAGUAUGAUCCAUGCCCUAAAGCUAGUGUCAUGCUUCUUGAAUGAGGCAAAACUUUAGCCUAAGUAAGCAACUCAAUAUCUUAGAAGGUUUUAUACGAAAAAGUAACCUAAGACUCAUUGACAUGGGUGUCAAGACAUGUCUCCAAAUGUAGGUACUAUUUUUAUGCCAGUGUAUUUUCACAUUUAAUAAAAAUAUUUAUGGCGA